AUGAUGAUGUUCCGAUUUCAGAAGGUUUGCGAAUCCUUACCAUUCGUAAUGGGCAAUUUGGUGUGUACCUAUGUGGAUGAGGACCCGUCGAAAAGAGAUAAACUCAGUUUACCACUGACGGACUAUUUGCCUGUUCGAUUUUGGGCACAAAAAGUUACGAAACAUGAUGUGCAGCUGAAAUGGCAUAUUCCAUCUCAGGAUGAGAUCGAUCUGGCGAACGAAUUGAUCAAUUUGUUCCUCAUAAAAGAAAUUGAGAAACUCAAUAAGCCGCAACUUAUCAAAAAGUUGGUUUCGAUCUUGUGA